AUUGAAUGUUUUAUGUCUAGAAUGUUGUGGGUGAUCAUCCGAGUAUUUACAAAUUUAUCAAAGACAUCAUAAGAGAAGAACAAAAUACAGCUGUAGUUUCAAAUCAAAUGCUUGCUGGUACACAAACUAAACGAAAAAAAUAAGAAAAAACAGAUGAUCGAAUAAAAAAUAUGGUAAAAGAUUUUAACGUUGUUUCACGUGAAUACUAUUUUAAAAUGGCUAGAUCCCUCUUCAACUUUUAAUUGUUUGAUUCACUACCAUUAACUGUAAAAUGAUAUUUAUCUGUGCUCUUUCCUUUACUGGUAUAUAAUUCACGUUUUCCAUAAACAUUUAUACUUAGCUUCGGUUUCAAGAAAAACUUCAUUUUGCGCGUAAGUGUCGGGGCGGUAGUAUCAAGCGCGGAAAUGUCUCUGCAUGGAAACGUCUUUGCGCGCAAGUGUCGUGCGCGGAAGUGUUGCGCGCAGAAAUGUCGUGAAAAAUUAAUACUGCAAAAUCAGCCAAUUUUUUUCAAUUUUUUCUUUGUUUUUUAUAUUCCAAACUAUUUUUUCAGAUUCGGCAUGGAAAACUGAGUCUAGAGAGUUCAUUUCUGAUGCUAUUCAAAUAUAAUAUGAUCAUAACUCUUUAAACCUGAAGGUGAGGUGGUCAUGGUGUAAAAGUCUCGGAGGAUCACCAUUUUGCAAAGCUAUCUAGUUUUUUCUGUUAAGAGAUAUAGCUGACUUUCAUAUCUCAUUAGAACCGCCAGACAUUGCGCUUCAAAAGUUUAAUCUUGAUUCUUCAAGAUUUUAUUUCGUUACAGAGAAAAGUCACUUUUAUUCAAACGCAUGUCAGAAGCGGGGACCUCGUUUUCUAUUACCUGCUUGACUUUUGACUCCAGUUCCGUGUUAAUGCACCCAAAUAGGUAAAAACUCACCAGGAAUUCAAUGGACAUACUCGGAAAACCUCUAAGCCAUGUAAGUCAUUGGCCUCUUUUUGAUUCGAAUGGUGGUUGGCGAGCCACAGCUGUGGACAUUUUGUCAAGAAGAUUCAUUCGAAAUAUUGUGAGGAAAUUUUGAACGAUCGUGAAAAUUACAAUGUUUUGAACAGAUCUCAUUUUGAAAAAAGGUUAAUAACUGUGAUUCGUCAACUAGAUCUCGAAUUAAACAAAGACCAACGGAUCACAUGACUUCGUUCGACUCUUAGAUAUUUGUUACAAACAGAACUGUCUGUCUUUUCUUUGCCUGAUAAUAACACAUAAGUUUUCUAAAAGCUUUCUCGAAAUGAAAAUGAGCUCUGUAUGCUUCUAAUUCUAUUUUUCAGCUCCUAAGAGACUCUCUAAACAUGAAUAGUAUCAAUUAAUUUGUUUCAGAUCAGUCGUUGUCCUUUUUUUGCUGUUGUUUGCAUCGUUCAGCAUGCCCAAACUAUCUAAAAGUCGUUCUCACUCUUGUAACGUUGGCCUUACAACUCAACGUUGGUUCGACAAACAUGUUCGACAAAAUAAAGAGAGCUCGAUCGAAACGGAGGAAGAACACGUUAAAAUACAUAAUGAAUCAGCUGAUGAGCCGUUGACUUUCAAUAAAAAAAUAGUUUUAAAUGAUAUAGCUGGUCUCUGUCUACUGUGUAAAAGUAAAUGUGACUCCAAAUUCAUUAGUGUAUUACUAUACAUGACCUUACGAGAUUUCGGUAUUACGUGGCGUGAUUGUGAUGUGUUCUUGAAACAAAUCGGUGCAACGUCAAAUCAGACAUCAUAGAAAUGGACAGACGUUUUUAUGUCAGGAGAUUUUGAACAAUUUCUGUGGCGAGAAUCGAGGUGGAAACCGUGGCGAUGAAUUCUUUUUCCGAGCUUGAAAUAGAAGCCAAAACAUUUGCACUUGGACAUUGUGCAAGGAAGUCAGCCAAUCUCACUGCUUUGGAUUUAGUCAUUUUUGUUGAUCAGAAGUGCUACGAAGUAACUGAUACAAUUAAAGAUAACAACGCUAAUCUUGUGCGAUCUCAACAGUCGUGUCGUUUGGACCUUCGUCGAUGGGGAACUCGUUUUGAAUCAAAUUGGCAACGGUCCUACUUUGAUGGGCACGAACGAGUACAUGUAGUUCAGGAUCGCCAAAGCUUCAUCAAGUACCUUAUCGAUUGAAAAGAUCAUUAUUAUACCAUACCAGACGAUGAAAAACCGUUGUGGAAAAUGCCAAAACAAAAUCUGCCAUGUGUUUUAUUGAAUAAAGGAGAUGUCUUAUGCAAAAUUAAGCUAUUUUAAUGUACAUUCGUGUCUCUUUUUAGUUCAUGGUGAAAGUACAUUUCGUUCAAGAGAAGUUUCUGCAAAACGAUGGAUUUUCGAUGAUCAGGCACCCUUUUUUUCAAAAGGACGAGGACGAUCCAAUAUGAUCAGUGAUUUUCUAGUAAUGAAUCUAUCCAGGCCAUUUUUCACAUUGAAUGAAGCGGAGUAUAAGCGAGCUUUAAAAAUGUAUCCAGAGUUGGCGGCUGACACUGAUAUCAAUUACGUUGAAAGAAGUGUUACCGGAUGCAUAAACGUAGGUUACGAUUCGUAUUUUGAUAAUUCCACGAUACUGGAUCAGUUUGAACGUUUGUUUAAAUUAUUACAAUUUAAAAAAGAAUUUAAAGAUCAUGAAAUCGAGAUUGUCGUCGAUAAUGCCCCAACACACACCGCUAGAGCCUAUUCAUUACAAGACUUUGGAAAAUCGAUCGGCACUCGCUGCCCAGUUGAUAAAAUUAAAUACGUUGAUCAGCAAGGUGUAAAACAAACUGUCGAUGAUUUUUCAAAAGUGGCAGGAACAAACGUCAAAGUAAAGGUUUAG